AUGUCCAUCCUAUCGGGCCAUCUCGAACAAAUAUCAUACGCAUGUCAAGGAAUUGACUCAUUACCCUUCCCACCACCAAAAAUCUUCACAAACGCCCUCCUCUCGAACCACGAUAUCACAUCGCUGAUAAGAGACACGGAGGCCCACGAACGAGCCCUCUUUUCCGUCCCACCGCCCCCUCCACCAGCUACUCAAAGUCGUCGCAGCGCCGAACCAGAAUCCAAGACCAAGAGCCGUCGCCAAACAGUGUUCAAUGUCGCAUCGGGCGAGGUAACAACCGGACCUCCAACGCGAGGAUCCACGAACCCUCGCCGACACACCGCAGUGGCCGCCGUCCUAGGCGGCGAAAUGCACUCCCAACUACGACGAGGAGAGAUCGACCGCAAAGGCGAUGUUGAUGUAGAGAUCCUGCUACGAGGAGCAGAGAAACUCUGCGGCGUCUAUGAGCUACCUGGGGCGAGGGACCGGAUCUCCUCACUACGGAACAAGCAUCGCAACGGAAAGAACACAACGGCAUACUACGAGGCCAGGGUGGCAGAACAAGCUGAGCAGCUAGCUGGCAUGAACAAGGGCUGGAUGGACGAAGAUGAGGAUGAAGAUGACGCAGAGGACGAAAGUGAACUUUGGACGGAGGACGAUCUACGGCGAGAAGAAGCAGAGGCGAAGGAGAUGGAAGCUAAGAAGAGAGAGCUUCAGGCACGGUUACGGCAGAUGGAGAAAGACCUCGGAGGACUUAUGAAUAUGUAA